UUCUUUCCACCGCGAGACUCGCUGGCACAGCUUAGCUAUCGACUUCCGGUGCGCGGGGUUUUCAACAUGGCGGACGACGGUGAGCAGCAACCACCUACAAACACUGUGGAGGAGCCUCUUGAUCUCAUAAGACUGAGUUUAGAUGAACGGAUUUAUGUAAAGAUGAGAAAUGACCGAGAACUUCGUGGACGGUUGCAUGCGUACGAUCAGCACUUGAACAUGAUACUGGGAGACGUUGAGGAAACGGUGACAACAAUAGAGAUAGACGAAGAAACCUAUGAAGAGAUCUACAAGUCCACCAAGAGGAACAUACCCAUGCUUUUUGUCAGAGGGGAUGGCGUUGUUCUUGUAGCACCACCUUUACGAGUUGGUUGAUGCCCUGGUAACUAAUGCAGGAACUGGAUCAACAAGCCUUCGAUCAAGAACACCUCCCAGCUCCUUGAACUAAAGUCUAAAUUUGGAUCGUCCCUUUUUUUUUUUUUCUUUUUUUUUUUUAUGGCAAAACAUGCCAAUGCAUUUGUUUUUAUUGUGAUUUAUACUUUGUUAAUCUUUUGUGAAAAAAACAUUGUUUUUCAGUAGACAGGAUAGUCCAAAAGAAUGAUACAGGUUUUACUGUAUACGUCUUAUUUACAAUUUACCAUUAAAAUAAAAAAGCAUUGGUGCUGAUUUCUUAA